CAUUCAAAUUCACAAACUAAAAACCCUUUAUUUAUACGAAGCUUUCUCCCAACCGGUUCCUCUCUCCGUCUCUCGCUUCUGUAACUGAUUCGGCAUUGAUACCAAAGUACUUGGGGUUUUUUGUUGAGAAAUCAAUCAAUUAAGGAUGGGUCGCGGAGUAAGUGCUGGGGGUGGCCAGAGUUCUUUGGGAUACUUGUUUGGAAGUGGAGAGCCUGGUAACAAUUCCCAACCUACUCGCAGCCAGGAAAAAGCUCCAAGUAAUGAACCUGCCUCAAAGCCAGCUGCUGUUUCACCACCUGUGGAUAACACCAAGAAUGUUCCAGCAGGCAUUCAGAGUAGCACAAACAACUAUCUUCGUGCUGAUGGGCAGAACUGCGGCAACUUUCUAACAGAUAGGCGUUCGACCAAGGUCCAAGCAGCACCUGGUGGUGGAUCUUCCCUAGGGUACUUAUUUGGUGGUGGCAGUACUGAUGGCAGCAAAUGAUGCCAUGUAACAUCAACAUUUGGUUUCAAUAGUUUGCUUUCCAAGUUAUGGUUGAACUAGAAAUGGAUUUCAUUUACUGCAAAUCAAGUAACUUUUUUCGCAAUUGUAAUAGUGUUUAAUUGACACAGGAGUCAAACGGCUAUGCAAGUGCUGAAUGCAUUCCAUUAUUUCUAUA